UUCUUUUGUUCCAAAUCAAUCAAAAAAGACGAGGAAGACGGACGAGCCGCCGAACAGAAGACUUAUUGCUUCUGAGUAAAAGAUGCCCCGCAAGAAGGUGACUGAAGUUUCAGGGAAUGGUGGAAUGAAGAAGAAGAGGACAAGUGGCAAAAGAAAAGAGAGAGAUUUCAGCAGUGAUGACGACUUUGAUUAUGAGCAGGAAAACAACAAGAAACCUGGAAAGCCUGCUACAAAGUCUGGCCUCCAGCCUGUCACUGUCGCAGAUGAAAUCAAGGAGAAAAUAAAACUUGAAUGCCCCAAGGUCAAAGGUCAACUGCUAAUUUUUGGAGCAACUAACUGGGAUUUAAUUGGAAGAAAGGAGGUGCCCAAACAGCAAGCGGCAUACCGGAACCUGGGCCAGAACUUGUGGACUCCGCAUCGCUACGGCUGUCUGAAUGACGUCCAGAUCAGCUGCGUAGUGUCUGGUCCCUGCGCUGCCCACAGCCUUCUCAUCACCACAGAAGGCAAACUGUGGAGCUGGGGUCGUAAUGAGAAAGGUCAGCUGGGUCAUGGAGACACUAAGCGUCUUGAGGCGCCGAAGUUAAUUGAAACCCUGGCGGAUAAUGUGAUUGUCGCUGCAGCCUGUGGACGCAACCACACCCUGGCUCUCACAGAGGCGGGAACAGUCUUCUCAUUUGGAGAGAACAAACUAGGACAGCUGGGCCAGGGAAACCAGACUGAUGCGAUCCUUACUCCAGCUUUGAUCGCGUACAAUGGCCAGCCGCUGGUUAAAGUAGCCUGUGGUGCAGAGUUCAGCAUGGUGGUCGACUGCAAAGGAAACCUUUACUCAUUCGGCUGCCCAGAGUACGGACAGCUAGGUCACAACUCUGAUGGAAAGUUCAUCGCCCGCGCUCAGCGCAUUGAGUUCGACUGUGAGCUCAUCCCUCGACGUGUAGCCAUCUUUAUUGAGAAGUCCAAGGAUGGUCAGGUCACGCCGGUACCCAACGUGGUAGUCCGAGAUGUAGCUUGUGGGGGUAAUCACACGUUGGUGCUGGACUCUCAGAAGCGUGUGUUCACUUGGGGCUUCGGUGGUUAUGGCCGUCUAGGACACACAGAGCAGAAAGACGAGAUGGUUCCUCGGCUGGUUAAGCUCUUUGACUUCCCUGGCCGUGGGGCCACCCAGAUCUACACUGGCUACCAGUGUUCCUUCGCCGUCAGCGAGAUGGGGGGGCUUCUUUUCUGGGGGGUUACCAACACAUCCCGAGAGUCGACCAUGUAUCCUAAAGCUGUGCAAGAUUUGUGUGGUUGGAAAAUCCGCAGCCUAGCGUGUGGGAAAAGCAGCAUCAUUAUCGCUGCGGAUGAGAGUACAAUCAGCUGGGGCCCUUCUCCAACAUUUGGUGAACUUGGAUAUGGAGACAACAAGCCCAAAUCCUCCACCACUGCCCAGGAGAUCAAGACCUUGGACGGCAUCUACACCGAGCAGGUGGCGAUGGGUUAUUCCCACUCUCUGGUCAUUGCCAGACAGGACAGCCAGCAAGAGGAGGAGAGACUUCAGAAGCUUCCAGAAUACAACCCCCGAACACUUUGAUUCUGCGGCACGCUCAUGAAACCAAUCACCUUUUUUUCACCUUUUUCACUUCAGAGGAGGCUGGCGAUGCUCACCAGGAGGCAUCUGCUCUUUAGUCACAUGUUGGUCCUGACGGCGGACUUCAGGGAUGAUUCAGUUCAGGAGGAAACUCUCACAAAGUCGAGAUAAGUUUUCACAUCUUGACAACCAGCAAACAAGGUCCACAUCAAUUCAUUUGUACCUGAAAAUGCUCUGCAGGAAACAAAGUUGGUUUGGACUGAAGGUGGCGCUGCAGUCCACAUCCCAAAACUAAAAAGAACAAAUUCCUCAAAGAUCUCCCGGGUUGUCCUGUUUUUUUUUUUUUUUUUUUUUGACCAACCGAAGCCUCAGUUCAGUCUUCAUGUUUUAUUUCCUCUCUCUGUUGCAGAUCAACUGUUCUGGUUCUCUUUAACAGCAAUUGGUGCUACAGCUGGACCCUCAGUAUUUUUCCAGUGAGGGACCUUUUCAAAGACCAAUACUCCAUAUCUGUGCCUUUUGGGUUUUUUUUUUUUUUUUUUUUUGAAGAAAAGUGUAUUUUGAAGAUAUGGAAUAACCAUUUUGGGGUUUUUUUGUUUUGUGGUUUCCAAAGACCAGGUGCAAGUGUUUUUAUGGUUGUAUUGCAGGGUAUGUGUGCUGCUGCUGGGAAAAUACAAUCAGGAUUUGUGAGUGGGUGCACUCGAAUUGUUCAUGUUAACUUACGUUUGUUUCCCGUUUAAUUCAAAUGUUUGCAUCCAAGAUGCACGUUAAAGUCUUUCCAACGCCGUAGUGUCUAGUGUAGCUUUCCUUCUUACCUUACUCUGAUUUUUAAGGACUAUUGGUUGUUGACAUGCUUAAAGCAGGCUCACCAUCACAUUUACAUUUUGCAAGACCAGCAAUGGGUUGUCUGUAAUAAGAUUUACUAGAAACCCUUACGCCCCAGUUUUAAGUCAGCAGAGACUUACUCUCCAACCUGUGUUCAUUUUACAAGUGAUGUAUGUCUUUGGGUUAGCAAGUUUUUUUGUUUUCCACUGAAAUAAUUAAACAUGUAUUUGGUGAUUUGUGUUCCUCAGUUCUCCAUGUUUUUUUUGGGUUUUUUUGCAGGACGAGUGUUGUAUGCUUCAAGAAGAAGUUAUUUCUUGCCCACAUGGGAUGGGCAGUAAUAAUUAUAGCAUGCAUAUGUAGACUGGUGCAACACGUCUAGGUGUAUAGAACUGAGAUAUGGGGACCGUUGUCUUACUGUUUUUAUGCAUUUGUAAAGAUUGUGGGCGAAGCCUAGCUUUACCAGAAUCUUUUCUAGACCAAACUGUGUAGAUCUCAUCUCCGAUGGCAGCUCAUUUCCAAGUCUAAGCUGUAACAAAUGGAUCUGUCAGUAAAUGUUGGACACCAACAGAUCCGUCACUACUGGUUUCAAGACUUUGUUUGUACUCUCAUGCAUUUGUUAUGUCAUUUUCUAAAUACACGCUUUGAUGGAAGGAGCCAUUGUCUCGUGUCUAUGCAACUCCGUGU